UCGUCUUUGGUGGUCCACAAGCGAAUUCCUUAAGAAAAACAAAACAACUGAAGUGUUUAAAAAAAAAAAAAAGCUUAAACAGCUAUCGAUCUUUAAAAGUUUGCAAAGUGUAUAUCCACUCGACCAUGUCUUGACUGAGAUUUGUGUUAAAUGAACGUUCACUUUAUUGUCAAAAGUAAACUCGGACAUACAAAGUUUACAUAUUACAAACACACGAUGUUUUACCAUAAGUUCAGGACAAUAAAUACAUUUAUGACCAACUGAAUUGGAUUUGUUGUCUAUACAGGGACAACGGCGAACGACAGACCACACACAGCACAGGCUGGGAGAGUCGGGGAAGAGAUGAUCCGCCAUUGCGGAGGUAGUUUCGCUCCGUCUCUCCAUCAGAGUCAAACUGCAAAUAAAGUCAGGAUACCGACACAUCUAAUGUAAAGCGAGAUUGAGUAAGAUAUAACAAAACGAGAACUCCUUGUGAGAUGACCAAGCAAUGGAUCCACAGCAUCUUCAAACACAUCCCUGGUCUCCAUUUGGAUGAUGUACCAUCCUUACCAUGAACACCAGCAACAAUGAAACCUUGCUGGGGAAUGUUACAGAUGUGGGAGACAGUAGGAUCUGGGUGGUGGAGUCUGUCGUCAUCUUAGCGAUUGCCCUGUUUGUUUGUCUGGGCAACCUGCUCGUCAUGUUGACCCUUUAUCGUAAGCCCUACCUCCUAACGCCAAGCAAUAAGUUUGUCUUUAGCCUGACACUGUCCAACCUCCUGCUGUCUUUAUUGGUGUUGCCAUUUGUGGUUGCCAGCUCUCUUAAUGGAGAAUGGCUCUUUGGUGUUGUGUGGUGCAACUUCACAGCACUGUUAUAUCUGCUCAUCAGCUCUGCCAGCAUGCUCACUUUGGGAGCCAUUGCCAUCGACAGGUACUAUGCAGUGCUGUUCCCUAUGGUGUACCCUAUCAAGAUCACAGGAAAUCGGGCAACAGUAGCUAUCGUCUAUCUGUGGCUGCAUUCUCUGGCGGGCUGCAUUCCUCCUCUGUUUGGCUGGUCAUCAUUUGAGUUUGACCGCUUCAAGAAGACAUGCACGGUAGCUUGGUAUAGUGAGAUUGGCUUCACUGCCUUCUGGGUCGUAUGGUGCUGCCUGAUUCCUCUCUUUGCCAUGUUGGUGUGCUACAGCCUCAUCUUCCGUGUUGCACGGCACAAGGCUCGUAAGGUGCAUUGUGGGACAAUUGUAGUAACUGAAGUGCCCUCGUCAUCUAAUAGAAAUGGACGAAAGAACUCCACUACCUCUCUUUCGUCCAUGGGAAGUCGUAAAGGUAUGAUCUAUGCUGGCAGUCAGUGUAAAGCCCUGGUCACAAUUUUGGUGGUGGUUGGCACCUUCUUGAUCACAUGGGGGCCAUAUGUGGCCAUGAUUUGCACAGAGGCAGCAUGGGGGAAAGGAAGUGUGUCACCAGGACUGGAGACUUUGGUGACUUGGCUGUCGUUUGUCAGUGCUGCCUGUCAUCCUCUCAUAUAUGGGCUGUGGAAUAAGACUGUAAGGAAAGAGCUGCUUGAUAUGUGCUGCGGUAACCGCCACUACCGAGAAUAUUUCAUCAGUCGCCACAGGAAGUCCCGUCUCUUUAGCAUUUCGGACCGAAUUACAGAUCUUGGUAUGUCUCCACACCUGACGGCCAUGUUGGCAGGUGGAGGGCAGCUUUUAGGUGCUGGAAGCAGCACAGGAGAUACUGGCUUCAGCUUUUCCCAGGACUCAGGUACAGAUAUCAUGUUGCUGGAAAACUGUUCUGAGGGUGCUGAAAGCUCACACUACAGCGCGUUGUUCAACAAGCGCAAGAGCUCAGUCAUGUUUGAGGAUGAGGUUGAUCAGCAGUCUAAAGGUGAAGAUCAGUCCAGGCACCUGGUGAAGGUGGAGAUACAUCAGAUGAUUGACAGCUUUGCAUCCAGAAUGGCGAAAACCAUUGAGAGCGAUGCCAAACUUUUUCUGUUCGGAGCAGAGUCUCUGACUGACAGUAUUUCAUGUCGACCGGCACAGAGGGGCUCACGAUACCCGGACGGUCAGAGGGUUCGACUGCAGAGUAUUGAUGAGGGAAUUGUGAAUGAUGAAAAGGGUGAAGAUGAGGAGUAUGAAAUAGAGGAAAUAUGUGCGUAGAGUUGAUAGGGGCAAGUUAUCACACUAUGUAGGAUAAGUUGUUAAAAAAGUAACCUGCCAUUAAAUAGAUUAUUAUGGGCAAUUUAGGUCACAUGAGCAAUUCUUUUUUUUGUUGUUUUGAGUGAAGUAUUGCUUAAAUAUGCAGAUUUUUCUGUGUUCGCCUGCUUUUAAAAUAUUGUGCAUUGCUUCAUAUCAUAUUUUCCAUGUGUGGCCAGUAGUAUGUGGCCAUGCUUAUAAACAUUUUAGAAUAAUGUUUAGACCUGCCAACAGUGCCUAUAUGAACUGCUAUUUAGAACAGGGUUAUUCCAAAGUUUGUGUAAAAAGCAAAAUAUGUCAAUUUCCACUAUCACCAGUUCUGAUGGUGACGAUCCUUAACAGUUUUAGGCCUUCAGUUUUGUUGUUUUCUAGCACUGCCUGAACUUAUAAUCUUCAGGAACUACAAUGACAACAUCAUUUUUUAUAUUCUGGUAGGGUCAUGGUAUACAAAUUAGACAUUUCAGUGAAUGUUUGUUUUUCUUUCUCAAUUUGUGCCUAAAGCCGUUCAUAAUAUUUGUACUACCAUGUCUUAUUUUUUAAAUUCUCCAGACCUGAAGGUGAAUAUUAUUUUAUUGAUUUAAUGUCUGUAUGUUCUUUUGGUAUAUAGCUGUCUUUAUAUUACAUUAUUUCAAGAUGUAAACAUUUUGUAACAUUGAAUGACUAAU